CCUCCACCGUAUCUCAGCUCCCCACAGGGAGACCUAUCCUGGGAGAGGAUGAGACACUGAGAGAGUGAGGGAGAGAUACAAGGCGUGUGGACUGACGGCUGGUGCUGGAACAGGGACGGCAGAAGUUAGCUAGUGCCGGGUGGCCAGCAUCUCCUGGCCCGAGGGAGCCAAUCUCCCCCCGCUGGGAGCUAGGGGGUCCUGAGCAGGAGGAACCAGCCCAUAGAGUACGGAUCCAGAAGACACAGAGAGGGAAGUCCAAAUCUAGUCUGUCAACAUGGGUGAAAUAGAGCAAAUGAAGCAAGAGUCAGAGCAGCUGAAGAAGCAGAUUGAGGAAGCUCGAAAGGCUUGUGCAGACACUACACUUGCUCAGCUCGUCUCUGGGAUUGAAGUGGUCGGGCGCAUACAGAUGCGCACACGGCGGACCCUGCGUGGGCACCUGGCCAAGAUCUAUGCUUGUCACUGGUCCACAGACUCCAAGCUUAUGGUCAGUGCCUCACAAGAUGGAAAGCUCAUCGUGUGGGACACAUACACAACCAACAAGGUCCAUGCCAUCCCUCUACGCUCCUCCUGGGUCAUGACCUGUGCCUAUGCCCCAUCAGGGAAUUUCGUGGCCUGCGGAGGUCUCGACAACAUGUGCUCCAUUUACAACCUCAAGAGCCGUGAAGGGAACGUGAAAGUCAGCCGGGAACUCUCGGCCCAUACAGGCUACCUCUCCUGCUGUCGAUUUCUGGAUGACAACAAUAUUGUGACCAGUUCUGGAGACACUACAUGUUGCCUCUGGGACAUUGAAACCGGACAGCCGAAGACAACCUUCGUAGGCCACACUGGCGACUGCAUGAGCCUGGCUGUCUCCCCAGACUUCAAGCUCUUCAUCUCUGGGGCCUGUGAUGCCUCGGCCAAGCUAUGGGACGUCCGGGAGGGAACGUGCCGCCAGACGUUCACGGGACACGAAUCGGACAUCAACGCCAUCAGCUUCUUCCCCAACGGUGAGGCCAUCUGUACUGGCUCUGACGAUGCCACCUGCCGCCUCUUCGACCUCCGAGCAGACCAGGAGCUCAUUACCUAUGCGCAUGAGAGCAUCAUCUGUGGAAUCACCUCAGUCGCAUUCUCCCGCAGCGGCCGCCUCCUCCUGGCUGGAUAUGACGACUUUAACUGCAACAUCUGGGAUGCUUUAAAAGCAGAGCGUGUGGGAAUCCUGUCUGGGCAUGACAACAGGGUGAGCUGUUUGGGAGUUACUGCAGAUGGCAUGGCCGUGUCUACUGGCUCCUGGGACAGCUUCUUGAAAAUCUGGAACUGAAGAUGAAGCGAGAGAAGAUAACAGGGAGCCCUCCCCAGGCAUAUUAUAUAUUGAGUACAACUACUACUAUUACU